CCGCAUCCUGCGAACCCAGAAGAUUUGAUUCUGUGGAGAAUAUCUACUAUUACUGAUAAUUAUUCGAUUAAGCGCAAGGUAACAGUGCUUACUGACAAUGCUCGCGUCCCCUCCCAAGCGGCGCAAGACAGGCGAACCCGCCAAUGUCGACGCGUCGCAAACAAACAUCCCCUCUCUUCGGCAAAGUGCAGCUCGACGCUCCAAUGACCGGAACUCCUUUCAAUCGCCAACUCGAGCGAGCCUAGCGAGAUCACAUCCCGAGAUCCUGGGGCGCGCAAUCAGCAGAACAUCCACGAGAAGUCCGCAAAGAGCGACAGGCGGAGAUGGUCAAAAUGGCCCAGAGGACGGUUCAGAGGCGAAGACGUUUGGUCUGCGUGAUAGGAAGGCCUUACGACCGUCGCUGACGUCGAAGCCCAGCCCAAUUAAGGUCUUCAACUCGAGUCAAUCGCCAAGUAGACGGGCGAGUGGCCUCCAGGCAUUUGCUGUUCCCCCGCGACGGGUCUCGAGAAGGAUUGUCCCCGCAGACCUCGCGUUUCAUUCUCCGGUGGCGACACAGAAAGCCCCAAUGGACGAUGCACUAUCAAAUACACCCGACCACCAGUUAGCGUCCGAAUUGGACGGCGCGACACCUGCAGCGACCCUGGAUGGGGCCGCAGACGAACCGCUGCAGGACAUGCUUGACGAACCCGACCUCCCUCCGACGCCGACCCAGCUAGGUCUAGAAAGACCCCCUAGUCGACCAAGCGGAAUUAUGAGCAGCAGUCCGAGUGCGCAACGUGGGAAAACGGGAAGGCGACGGGCUACUGAGACAUACGAGCACAGCCCUUCCAAGCUACGGAGUGUCGACUAUGGUGUCGAUAAAGCAGAUCUAACUAGUUUGGACACAAUGCUCGCCCAGACCCCAGUACCAGAGCCAGUUAUGAAAAAGCGGAAGAUAAAAAACGAAAUCGUCGCAGAAAUACAACAACUGAAGGCGGACAUCACAGAACUGGAAAGCUGGUCAAGCCUGGGCGGACCGCAAGACGAUAAGGACCGUGAUGUGCAUAAAUUACUUUCAUUACUGGCCUCGGAGAACUCGACUCAGACUUCUACGAAAGCCAAGCCAGACAAGGCACCGAUAUCCUCAUUACUAUCCACCCUGCUCCCCUUCGCUACCAAAACCACACCCAAAACCCCCAAUACCCCAGACCCAACGAAUCCCUUCGCCUUGAGUGCUUCCGCCCAAACAGCACCAUACCUGACCACCUUUGCACCUUUAAAUCUAGCAGGCCAAUCCAGCACAGCAUCCAAUUCAAAACCAGACACCUUCACAGAAAGACACGACCUCACCCUCUCAGCACCAGCACCAUUCCCCUCCACCCUUUACAGGGUCCUCAUCAGCUACGAAACGAACCCCGAAACCCAAUCCUUAGUCUCCGUAUCCGCCCCGGCCACCACCAACGGCCAGCCGUCGCGCGUACCAGAAUACCUCCAAUCCUGGAUCACCAAACGACUAGCUCACGCACUCCUCCAGCUAGACGUAUCAGGCCUCUGCUGGGGCAUCAACCGCUACUGGGAAGCGUCGAUAUCGCGCGCCGGGCUAUGGGCAAAACUGGAGGACCAGCGCGCAGCACUAGCAGCCGGUCGAUUCACGCCAAAUUCGGCGAUUAGCCAAGACGAUGACAAGUCAAACGCAAACAUGCGACAGAUUCUACCGCACCUAGAGCGCACCUCCAUGCUCUUCGAGAGCAAGUCCAAACCGCACCAGGUUCUUCUUUCAUGCGAAUUAACACUCGACGACUGGACGGGCGAGCCGCUGCUCAAACCCGCUAUCAGCAUUUCCUCGACGGCGGUCGGAGGCAAUGGCGAGUCAGAGCGGAGGGUAGAGUUGGAGUCGAAACGGUUGUUCCAUACUAUGUUGAGUGAUCGUCGGCUGGGCCAGUCUGAGAUGCUCGGCGAGGAUGAUGGGGCUGUUAUUCUGGAGGCUAGUUACUGUGUUUUGGGUGUUUUGUUUGGGUCCCUUGAGGGGAGGAUACCUGGGGGAAAGGCGCAGAAGGGGAGUUGA